UCUUGCUCCUCUAGAAAGGAGGGAGAGAGAGAGAGAGAGAGAGAGAGAGAGAGAGAGAGAGAGAGAGAAUGGCGACUCUGAGUAUUCUAUCGCCGUGGCGGGCGACCUCUUCACAUUAUAGUAUUAGCAAUUACAGUGGCGAUAGGAACAACAAUUUUAAAAUGCAUUCUUUGUCUAAUCAUCACCGUCUUUCUGCUUUCUCUUCUCUCCUUGCAAGAAACAAAACAAGCUCCUUCUCUAAGCUUCCUCAAAUGUCAACCUCUUUCUCAAAUUCAGGUGGCGGGUGUCCAUGGUUGCAAAACAAUUCAAUGCCUUAUGACACUGCUGCUAGAGAUGGACGGAAGCAAUUCCCGUUGUACUCAGUUUUUCCUGCAAAAGCAGCAGAAGUUUCCUCUGUACAAGACCUUUUCGAAUUUAUUUGUGCAGGUCCUCUCAUUGAAAAACUGGGCCUCACCCAGGAAAAGAUCUCAGAAUCUGUUGACAAGUGGUUAGCAUAUGGGCUGCAUCUUUGUAGAUUAUUUCAGGUCAAUGAAUUGUACCUCACAGUUCCUCAGAAGGCCAGAUUUUACCAUUACUAUAUACCAGUAUUCUUAUGGUGUGAAGAUCAGAUUUCUCAGCAUAGAUCCAAAUUUAACGAUGGAGAAGAUAUACCUCCUUUGGUGAUUGGUUUUAGUGCACCACAAGGUUGUGGAAAGACUACACUUGUCUUUGCUCUUGAUUACUUGUUCAAAGUCACUGGCAGGAAGUCUGCAACAAUAUCGAUUGAUGAUUUCUAUUUAACAGCUGAAGGCCAGGCCAAAUUGAGAGAAGCAAAUCCAGGAAAUGCUCUUUUAGAGUUCCGUGGAAAUGCUGGAAGUCAUGAUCUUCUAUUCUCUGUUGAAACAAUGACUUCUCUACUCAACAUGACCAAAGAAGGUACGAAGAUGAGGUUACCCCGAUAUGAUAAAUCUGCAUACAAUGGGAGGGGUGAUAGAGCUGAUCCUUCAACAUGGCCUGAGGUUGAAGGGCCACUAAUGGCUAUUUUGUUCGAGGGUUGGAUGCUUGGUUUCAAGCCCCUUCCAGUAGAAGUUGUGAAAUCUGUUGAUCCUCAGCUGGUUAAGAUAAAUGAAAAUCUUGAAGCUUAUUACGAUGCUUGGGACAAGUUCAUAAAGGCAUGGAUUAUCAUCAAGAUUGACGACCCAAGUUAUGUAUAUCAGUGGCGCUUACAGGCUGAGAUUGCCAUGAGGGAGGCAGGCAAACCUGGGAUGUCUGAUGAAGAGGUGAAAGAUUUUGUUUCACGAUACUUACCUGCGUACAAAGCUUACCUCCCAACUCUUUACUCUGAAGGGCCAAGAGGUUCAGAUCCAUCGAGACUCCUACUAGUCGAGAUUGAUGAAGAAAGGAAUCCCAUCCUAGGUAACUAAAUCAUGGGUCAGGGUUGAGGAUUCUUUUGAAGUCCAAUUUUGAUUAUUUGCAGUACAGUAUGUAACCGAUUGGCACAUGUGUCUGUAAAUAGCUUCUUCAUAGUUUUGAAGUCAGUUUAAUUGUGAAUUUAAUGGGUUAAUACAUGUUCUUACCGAAGUAAUAAUUUCAUUUUUGUUAUCAAUCAAAAUCUCAAGGGAAUGUCAGAAAACCAGAUUUACAUUAGCCAGGGUUUUUCAGUUUAGUGUAA